ACAACUAUCUCCACCAUCACAAUAAUCACCACCACGAUUACUCGUCACUAACACCAACCAUUAUAAUCACUACAAACACUAUAAAUCAUUCCUACCAUCACUAACGAACAAAAAUAUUUCAUUUUUAUCAUCUAAUAAUAAUUUUAUUUUAUUGUUUAAUUUUUUUUAUUUUAAUUCAUAAAUUCAAAAUUAAAUAUCUUAAAAUCUUUUUUCUGGGAACUCAAAUUUUCAAUCCUUAUAACUCCACUUCUUCUUCAAUGUGUAGUAACUGCCAUCAAAUACCAGCUCCUUUCAUGCCCUUUUGAACUCCUCAGUCCCCACCCCUAUCAAUGUCCGUACUAAUCUCUCCAGCUCUACUCAAUGGUUCAUCGUCGCCGGUGCCGGCGACUGAUACGGAGGAAGACGAGGAGUCGCUAACUCAUCCACUGCUCAACAGCCUCUCUCGAUCAGCAUCGAACAACACUUCUCAGGUCGCUAUCGUCGGCUCUAGUGUCUCCCCUAUUGAAAGCCUCGAUUACGAAAUCAUGGAGAAUGAUUAUUUUAAGCAAGAUUGGAGGCGUGGAGAGAAGAUACAAAUAUUGCAGUACGUAUCCAUGAAAUGGAUGAUGUGCUUUUUCAUUGGAUUGCUUGUUGGCCUUGUUGGUUUCUGUAACAAUCUUGCUGUUGAGAACAUUGCUGGAAUGAAAUUUGUGGUGACUUCUGAUCUGAUGCGUGCGAGAAGGUAUACAAUGGCUUUUCUUGUAUUUGCUUCUUCCAAUUUCGGACUGACAUUAUUUGCCGGUCUAAUUACGGCUUUUAUCGCACCAGAGGCUGCUGGUUCAGGUAUACCUGAAGUUAAGGCUUACUUGAAUGGCGUAGAUGCACCAGCAAUAUUUUCGCUGCGGACUCUGUUUGUCAAGAUUGUUGGCAGCAUUUCUGCAGUAUCAGGAUCUCUGAUAAUCGGAAAAGCAGGCCCCAUGGUUCAUACUGGUGCUUGCAUUGCAGCACUAAUGGGUCAAGGCGGGUCACAGAAGUAUGGAUUAACUUGGAAAUGGCUGAAGUAUUUUAAAAACGAUAGAGAUCGACGAGAUCUUGUAACAUGUGGAUCAGCUGCUGGGAUGGCUGCUGCUUUCCGAGCUCCUGUUGGCGGUCUGUUGUUUGCUCUCGAAGAAAUGGCAUCUUGGUGGAGAAGUGCUCUAUUGUGGAGAGCCUUUUUCACUACGGCUGUGGUUGCAAUUGUACUUCGUGCUUUGAUUGAUGUUUGCUUGAGUGGGAAAUGUGGACUCUUUGGUAAAGGAGGUCUCAUAAUGUUCGAUGUCACGUCAGCUAACAUCGCAUAUCAGAUCUGGGAUGUGCCUCCUGUUCUUUUGCUAGCAGUUAUCGGAGGCAUAUGGGCAAGUUUGUACAACUUUUUACAGGAUAGGGUUCUGCGGAUUUAUAACAGAAAUAACGAGAGAAGAGCUGCUUACAAAAUAGUUCUGGCUCUUACAGUAUCCAUUUUUACAUCUUGUCUUCUUUUUGGAUUACCAUGGUUGGCACCUUGCCGCCCUUGCCCUUCAGAUACAUCAGAACCUUGCCCCACAAUUGGACGGAAUGGUAACUAUAAGAAGUUUCAGUGUCCUCCAGGUCACUACAAUGAUCUUGCCAGUUUAUUUUUUAACACGAAUGAUGAUGCAAUCAAGAACCUUUUCAGCAAGAACACUGAUGCCGAGUUUCACCCUUUGUCAAUGCUGAUUUUCUUUAUCACCUGUUUUUUCCUGAGCAUCUUUAGUUAUGGGAUAGUCGCACCUGCAGGUCUCUUUGUGCCUGUCAUUGUGACAGGUGCGGCUUAUGGUCGUUUUAUUGGGAUGAUUUUUGGUUCGCAGUCGACUCUUAACCAUGGCCUAUUUGCUGUUUUAGGUUCAGCUUCCUUUCUUGGGGGUUCUAUGAGAAUGACAGUUUCCUUAUGCGUUAUUAUCCUAGAAUUGACUAAUGACCUCCUCUUGCUACCUCUAAUGAUGCUAGUUCUUCUUAUCUCCAAAACUGUAGCUGAUGCAUUUAAUGGGAAUAUAUAUGACCUCAUAAUGAGGGCGAAGGGUUUCCCUUACUUGGAACGUCAUGCUGAACCUUACUUAAGACAACUAGCAGUGAGUGAUGUGGUCACAGGUCCACUCCAGCUCUUUAAUGGCAUUGAGAAAGUUGGUAACAUAGUUCAUGUCCUCAAAACCACUGGGCAUAAUGGCUUUCCAGUGGUGGAUGAGCCUCCACAUUCCGCAGCACCAGUUCUAUAUGGUUUGGUACUCCGCGCACAUCUUGUUACAUUGCUUAAGAAGAAAGCAUUUCUUCAAAAUCCUGCACCUGCUGGAGAUGACGCUUUUGAGCAGUUCUCAGCCGAUGAUUUUGCAAAGAAAGGUUUAGAGCAUGUAGACAGAGUGGAAGAUAUACAACUGACAGAUGAAGAGAUGGAUAUGUUUAUAGAUCUGCAUCCUUUUUGUAACACUUCGCCUUUCACUGUUGUAGAGACUAUGUCCUUGGCGAAGGCUCUGAUGCUCUUCCGAGAAGUUGGUUUAAGGCACCUUCUGGUAAUACCCAAGGUUUCUGGGAGGAUACCUGUUGUGGGGAUAAUUACGAGGCAUGAUUUCAUGCCAGAACAUGUGCUCAGCUUGCAUCCAUCCUUGGCUAAGAGCAAGUGGAAAAGAUUAAGAGUCAAAUUACCUCGCGGGGUUAAAAUCAUUUAGAGACUACGUCAACGUUCUAAAAUUAGUCCUACUGAGGUAUGUGAAUAGAGCUGUGUACAACAUGAUUGCAAUAUGCUAGGUCGUAAAGCUUAUUCUUCCCUAAUAUUUCUUGUCAAUCCUAAGGGUGAUCUUGAGAUGGAUUUUGUAUUUGUUUUGCCUCAAUUAAUCAAUUCGGUUAGAGUUGCUCCAUUCUUGGAAUAAAUCUCUUCGUAAAUGGAGCUAUGAUGUUCCACAGUUUGUGUUUUGAUCUUCUGUAAUUUUUCUUUGCACUUGCCAUGAUGACAGGUUUAACAAUCUGUUGAAAAUUAGAGAAAAGUGCCAAUUAGAGCAAGGGCAGGGCGAAUUCUUUUUUUUUUUUUGUUUUUUAAUUAUUAUUAUUAUUAUUAUUAUUUUCUUUCUGUGGGAUAAGGCUUUGCCAACCCUGUCACGACCAAAUCCCAUUGCAUGUAUUGUUCGUUUUGGCCCAACAGACUUUGUAUAUUUGUUCAUUAUCGAGAUGAAAAAAUGUGUGUACAUGUAACCUUGUGUCCUCUUCACUUCUCUCUAAUUUCGAUAUGAGAUUCAUCUAA